AUGCUAAGACCAAAGAAAGAGAACAAUAAAAAUCAACAAAAACAACUAACUCACUCUCGCCCUGGUACUCCAGAGCAACAACCAAAGAAAAAACAAAACACCUUACAAAAUGUUGAACCCGAAAGCAGUAUGUCCACCAACAACAACAACGAAACUCCACUUAUGAACGUCGACCCUUCUCCGCUCGAUAAAGGAAAGGGCAAAGAAGUUUUACAAAAAGAGCCCUCAAGAUAUUUUCACAAAAAAGACGAAAUUUUUUACUUUCUUCCCAACUGA